AAACCAACGAAGAAGAAGCUUCAAAACAACAACACAGCUAGCAGCGUUAGCUCACAGGGAAAGCGAACAUUACUUAUUUCUUCUAAUUUGGGACCUCUAAACAGGUGAGUAACAUAACCUUUAUAGAAACAAAGAAUAUUCACUCCUAUUUUAGCAAACUUACUCUUUUAUACUAAAUCUGACUAAUGAAAUUUCUCUAUCACCUGUGAGAAACGCUAGCUCGAAUGCUAACAGUACUCCGCUAGCUUGUUAGCUCUGACAGCAUUAAAACCGUUCGCCAGCCUUUUUUAUUGUUGCAUAUUUUAUACAACAAACGCGUUUAUCGUGACUUAGAAAAAGCAUAAAGGAAAAGUGUAUAGCUGUGGUUUAGCGGUGCCUCCAUCUUUGUUAUUAUUAAAGCAGGAUGAUGUAACGGUUAGCAGCCACAGUUAGCUAGCCAGCUGUUAAACACAACAAACAGAUGGUUGUCAUGGUAAAUCCGUUAUUUUCGUAUAUAUGUGAUUAUUAAAAGCCGUUUCUGCUGUUUAAUAGUAUACUGGCAACAAGCUAGAUGGUCUUUCCCUUUGCAGAGCGGAGGAUGAAGCAUCUAUGGUUUCCAAAAAGACUAAAAUUUUUGAUUCAUCAGACCACAACAAAAAAUUGCAGGGACAAACCACGGUUUCUGGAUGUGAUUUUAGGUCUAUGUCAGAUUUCUAAGAAUCCUAUGAAUCAUGUAUUGACUGUUUUAGGGCUUGGCGAUAUGUGAAAAGUUUAUCACACCCACAUUACUCUGCUUCAUGUCCAACCUCAAAAACCAAAACACCUCCACACCACUGACGUUUUCGUGCCAGUGUUGUCAACGAUGUUGUCAUCUGUUGAGGUGUCAUCUGCAUUUCUGCCGGGGGUAGCUUGGGAGUUCUUUUUCUCACCCACAGUGCUGUCGGCUUCACGUGUUAAAGUUCUAUGGUUGUGUGUAGCUGCAGCCUGCUACUAGACCCGGAGCAACUCCCCUUUUCAUUGGCUAUUCAUAUAGUCAACCAAACACGGCAGAAUGCAGACAAUCCAAAAGCAUAUUGACUGUGUUUUAUAUUGAUAUUGAGGGAAAUUAAUUUUCAAUAUCGUCAAUGUUUUAUCUCCCAGCCCUACAUUGUGUCCUGUAAAUGAUGUCAACUGUUUGCUCAUGCAGUGUCAUAACCCGGUAUCUGUCUUUUUUGCAGGUACGCUGGAAUUUUCUGAUACCCACUCGGACAUGUCCUAUGUCUUCAUCAACGACUCGUCGCAGACAAACGUGCCUCUGCUGCAGGCCUGCAUCGAUGGAGACCUGCCGUUCGCUAAGAGGCUCCUUGAGACCGGGUGUGACCCCAACAUCAGGGACAACCGGGGCCGCACCGGUCUGCACUUAGCUGCUGCUCGGGGAAACGUGGAUAUUUGCCGCCUGCUGCACAAGUUCGGGGCUGAUCUGUUGGCGACGGAUUAUCAAGGAAACACAGCGCUGCAUCUGUGUGGACAUGUGGACACUAUACAGUUCCUGGUGUCCAACGGGCUCAAGAUUGAUAUCUGGUAGGAAGUUCCUUCAAAUCAUUAUGAAUCAUUGCUUUAUGCCACCGUUUUUAUACUCAACAAGUGUUUAUACUUCCUCAUUUGCUUUGUGAUUAAACCACUGUGUGUCUGCUGUCACAUGUUACAGUAACCACAACGGAUCGACCCCGCUUGUCCUGGCGAAAAGACGUGGAGUCAAUAAGGAUGCCAUCCGUUUACUAGAAGGACUGGAGGAGCAGGAGGUGAAAGGUUUCAACAGAGGAGCUCACUCCAAACUGGAGACCAUGCAGAUGGCCGACAGUGAAAGGUGAGUGUGUGGGGACAGGUCUUCUGACAUCUGCACAGUCUCUGUAAAGAGGUGUCUGGAGACAACAAGCCACUGUGCUGAUAUACUUGAUUUCUUACACCAUGGAUUGAUGAUAUCUUUGUUAUUUCUAAAAAUCUUAUUUCCUAAACCCCUUCUUGACUUGUUUCUGUACUUCUUGAUUAAGAUUUACCUCCUUGUUUCAGACAGUUGUUCCAUAUAAGCACUUUUUAUUCUGCCGUCAGGAGUUCCCUUUAUUUCGGAAAUUGAGAAAAUCAGAGAAAUUUUCAGGGAUGAGUAAAGUUUUCUGUUCCUGUUUUUCCUUCCCGUCUUCUACCGCUCUGAUUCAGUGCGAUGGAAAGCCACUCCUUACUCAACCCCAACCUGCAGAGCAGCGAGGGCGUCCUGUCCAGCUUCAGGACCACUUGGCAGGAGUUUGUGGAGGAUCUGGGUUUCUGGAGGGUCCUGCUGCUGCUGGUGGUCAUCGCCUUGUUGUCCCUGGGCAUCGCCUACUACGUCAGCGGGGUCCUGCCUUUCUCCCCGAGCCAGCUGGAGCUGGUGCACUGAGGGAGGGCGGUGAAGAAGAAGAAGCAGCAGCAGCAGCAGCAUGGGUUAGAAUUAACAAGUGAACUUCAGAAAUCCACAUUUUCACCCGGUUCUUGUCCUUUUCUUGAUCGCCAUGACAGGAAAGCAUCAUCUUGUAAUGUAGGUGAAAAUGUGUUACGGAAAAUGAAACAAAAAGAACAAAAUUCAGUUUCCCAUGUUGAUGAAAAUAAUAAAACACUCAUUAAUCUUCUGUGACAUAUCCCCUUUAAACCGAAUGAUAGUUCAAGCUGCUCUAAUGUCAAGUUUUGUUUAAUGCAGUUAUACUAUGACCUUUCUUUGUUUUCUGUUACAUGCAGUAUAUUGACUUUUUUUUUAAUGUAAAUCUUAAAUUUUCUUAUAAGUAUUUCAGUUUUGUUAUUUAUCAAACGUGUGUUGUUUUGAUUUUCCUUCAUACUAUUAUGCUUUUCUUUUAUCAUGUGUCUCUUAUUCCAACUGGAAACAGUGUUGUCGUGGCAUCUGAAGUCUCUCUCCUUGGGAAAAGCACCUUGACUGUGUGCCUAUUUGAAGAAAAAGCAUCACAGCAGCUCGUUAAGACAUUCCCGCCAGAAGCAUGUGGCUUUUUUCGCAUUAAAUACCCUGUUGUUGUAAGCAUCAUAUACUAUUGGCACAAAGCUCUUAGACUGUAGGAUUAUGGCGGCAGGUUAUAACUCAUUCUGUGUGUCCGUUUGAUCUCAAUGUCCCUGUAAACCAUAAACUGUAGAUUUAUUUGAGGUUUCCAUUAUUAAUUUUCUCUGUAUUAUAACACAUUGGAAUUAUACUGUAUUUUAAAGUGGAAAAUGAAUAAAUGUGUGUAUCUACAAUUCUAAUCAAUAAGGUGAC